AUGGCUUCACAAAUUGGAGUCGAAAUAUUUGGGCAUACUUCUUCCUACCAAGAUAUUAAUCAUCAUCGUCAAUCUUCUAACGAAGAUCAUGAAAAUAUCCGUUCCUCGAUACCUUCUUCCAUUUCCUCCUUAGUAUGUGGUGUCAAAUCAGUAGCUUUUGAUGUAUCAUAUUAUUGGGUCAAGAGGUUAUAUGAUUGUUUCUUAUCUCCUCAAGACCAACAAUCGUAUUGCAAACAUUUAAUGGAAAUUGCUACAAAUUAUGAGCAAUGGUCUGAAGCAGCUACAAUUUUGGAUCAAUCACAAGGAAAAGAUCAAUGGAAAAAUAAUAUAAGCUCACCUGAUUAUGAUUAUGAAUUAUUGCAAAAAAGACUUGCUCAAUUAAAAAAAGCUCGUAAAACUGGUGACUUAUCACAAAUGAUUUUUUUAUUGAGGACUUCGUUAGCAAGAAAUCUUGGUGAUAUGGGUCAACCAAAAUUGUAUGCACACACUCAUAUAGGAACAAAGAGACUGAUUGAGGCAUAUAUAACUGAAGUUGUAAAACAAAUGAAUAUUAUUUGUGAUACUGAAUCAGAUGAACUUUCUAUUAAAGCUAAACUAGAAUUUUUUACUAAUACAAGACAAUCAUUUGGGAGAACAGCUCUUUUGUUAAGUGGAGGUGGAACGUUUGGACUGACACAUAUUGGAGUAAUAAAGUGUCUUUAUGAAUGUAAACUUUUACCUCGAGUUGUUUCUGGUGCAUCAAGUGGCUCCAUCGUUGCAGCACUUUUAUGUAUUAAAACAGACGAAGAAAUACCUAUUACUUUGAAAGAAUUAAAUUCUCCUGAAUUUGAUUUGGAAGUUUUUGAAAGAUCAAAAGAUCCUGAUACAUGGUCAAGAAGAUUCCUUAGAUUUUUAAAGCAUGGAGUUGUUUUUGAUAUUGGAAUUUUGAUAGAAAGUAUGCGUCAUAACAUUCCUGACAUUACAUUUCAGGAAGCAUAUAAUCGUACAAGAAGAGUAUUAAAUAUCACAGUUAGUUCUUCUACUGUUUAUGAAAUGCCAAGGCUGCUAAAUUAUUUAACUGCUCCUAAUGUGUUAAUUUGGUCAGCGGUUGCAGCAUCUUGUUCGGUUCCAUUCAUAUAUAGUUCAGCACAAUUGAUGGCAAAAGAUAAAACAGGAAAAAUAGUUCAAUGGAAUCCUUCUGGUGCUCGAUGGAUUGAUGGAUCUGUAGAAAAUGAUUUGCCAAUGAACAAGCUCUCUGAACUCUUUAAUGUAAAUCAUUUUAUUGUGUGUCAAGUAAAUCCACACGUAGUUCCAUUUCUACAAAAAAAAUUGAUUGCAUCACCAAUAAGUCGAGCAAUUAAAUGGUUUUUAUGUUUGGCCAUUUCCGAGCUACAGCAUCGAAUGAAUCAGCUUAGUGAAAUUGGUGUAAUGCAAAGUCUUAUAUAUCGAGUUCAAUCAAUCAUGUCACAAUGUUAUUAUGGUGAUAUCACUAUUGUACCCAAUAUCAGUUACAUGGAUUUUCUCAAGAUUCUUUCCAAUCCUUCACCUGAAAUAUUAGGAGAAGCUACAUUGAGGGAAAUUUCCAUUAUACGUAAUCAUUGUCAAAUUGAAUUGGCAUUAGAUGAAGUGAUCCAUAGACUUCGUCGUCGACAACUAGAUUCAUCAUUUAUUAAGACUUCAAAAAUUGUUAUUAAUGAAGAUUUAGAACCUUUGAAGAAUGGACACUUGGAGGAGUGGUAUAGAAAACACAAUUUAAAUAGAAUUAAUAGAAUUGAAAGAGUAGUAGGAGAAAUUAAUAAUUUGGAGAUAGAGAAUAAGGGAUCCAUAGCACAAUAUCAUUUAUUCAUUAAACUUAAAGAAGAAACAACCAUGAAUUUAAUGAAUACAUCUUCAACCUAG